GUCAGGUGGAGAGACGGGAGAGGGACCGAGGCUGCUUCUGUUGCUGCUGCUGCUGCUGCUGCAAAGACAUCUGGCUCUCCGGAAGUACCGAAAAGCCAAUUUAAGUUUAGAGUUCGGGAUGCGAACGUGAAAAUAAAAUAAAAAACACCGACCGUCUUUUUUUUUUUUAAAAAGGGGGUGACGUCACACCUUCUGAUAUAAGCUUCGCUGUCUUUCUAUUCUUGCCGGAGAGCUUCAUUGCUACAAAAGAAGCCUCGUUUCCCCCCAAACAAUGGUCGCGAGAGGACUCGUCGUGUUGACGUUGCUGUCGAGCUGCGUUCUGUCAUUGCCAGUGACUCCCAGUCAGCUGGAGAAUGAGGACGUAAAGGUGAUGAAGUGCAUCGUGGAGGCGCUGGCAGAUGUGCUAUCGAGGCCCCGCCCCCUACCUGUCAGUCAGGACUGUUUGGUCACACUGAAGACAGAUGACCGGCUGGUUUCGGUGCUUCGCCAUCAUAACUUUCUGAAGGUGCUGCAGGACAUCGCUGUUGAAGGUCGUCAGGAGAGAGCUCAGCAGCACAGAGACGCCGCUGCACCUGAACGCACCACACGAGCUCCUCCGGCUGCGGACGAUGUCGCUGAUCGAUCCAUGCUGGAAGCUUUAGGAGGCCCAGGUGAACGAUCCAUCCUGUCCCAGAAGAGGAGGAGGACGGGAAAUGGAGACGGAGGGGGAGUAAAGGAGGGCGGCAUGGGAGCCGGAGAGUCCCGGGACGACGGUGACGUCGAGGUGAAAGAGAAGAGGGAGCAUGACGAGAGUCCAGGAAGCCACGCGUCCGCAUCUGUGGAUGAGUGGAGCGAUGGCAAGGCUGAAACGAGGGAGGAAGAGGAGGAGGAAGAUUAUGAAGAGAAGAGAGUCCCAUCAGCGGAGGAGAGCAUGAUCAAGGAUGAGAAAGGUGCCGGAUCUGGCGAAAAGAGGCAUGCAGCCAGAAUCAAAUCAAAAGAGAAGAAGUUUGUCGAAGAAGACGACGAGGAGGAGGAGGAGAAGAAGAGAUCUGCGUAUUCCUCACACGGCCCUAAACAAGAGGCGAAACAGGAGGAAGAGGAGGACGGAGGAGAGACGAAGGGAGAGAGUAAGGAGAGCCAUAAGCGGUGGGCCAAGAGGGGCGAGUCGUUGGUGGUGAAGAAGAAGAAAGCGGUCGGAAAGGAGGCGCAGCGGGAAGUCACUCAUCACUCGAAAGAGGUCACGGAGGAAGAUGAGGAGGAGGAGGAGGAGGAGAAGAAGAAAAGACACAAGCAAAGGAGUCCAGAGGAGAAGGAGCUGCAGAUGAUCGCCAGGGGGGGACCAGAGGAGAGGAGGGGGUCGGAGGAAGAGGGGAGCGCCAGCCGCAAGGCAGAGGACCCAGAGAUAGAAAGCUUGGCAGCCAUUGAGUCGGAGCUCGAGAACGUUGCCCAGAAGCUCCAUGAGAUGCGGCGAGGCUGAGGGAGAGACUGGUGAAAGAAAAGAAAAGAAAGUAUGACACCGAAACCUCCUCUGCCUCCUCCGCCUUACCGGCUGCCCGGUACCCACAGUUAAAGCGUUUCCAAUAUGUGACAGGAUUUUAUCUUUUGCUAUUUCUCCCCCGGAGGAGGCCCACUGCUGCAGCCUCCCUCGUGACACCCUGUCCCCUCACGUAGAUUAGUGCACAGUCGAGGAACAUUGCUGCUAGACACGCAUACUAAAAACAAACAAAUGCACAAGUUCAGCUCAUUCAAAUUUAAAUGCAUAUGAUAUUCAGAACACUUCCCGUCAGUGAAGGUUGACAUCUUCUUUUUCCUUCAUUUUCUCUCCCUCUCUUUCUGCAAAUGCACCUGGCCUGCUUUUCAAUUUCUUUUUUUUAACAUAUUGAUUUAUAUGGACGGUUGAGGUAAAUCCAGAAACACACACACACACACACACACACACACCAACAAGGUGAGGUUGUACAGUAACGGCAUGUGUACAUGUACAAAGCUCUUUCUGGGAUGCUUGCUUACUCAUGGGGAAGCGGUAGAAGAAGAAGACGUAGACGCUUACUUAUUAUAGAUACAGUCGACUCAAAUCUAGCCAAGGCAAUAAGUGGACUUUUUUUUUUUAGCAGAUUAAGGAACUGUAAUUAAUUCAUGUAAGGGCAAACCAAUUAAGUGAAUAGUUGAACUGGGAAUCUCUGUUUUGGUAGAUCAUUUUAAUGCCUCUAAAAUCGAAUGAAUAUUUGCAAAAGACGAUUAAUGCAAUAAACUUGGCGUACUAACUAAUUUACACCUGUAGUUUUCUUAAUGGAUCCUUUAACUGGCACAAUUGAUGGGUUUCGAGUCACAAUUCACAAUAGUGAUGAAUCAUUCAACGCUGUACUACAUAUUCAUAUACUGUAUUUUUCAACCUGGCUGCUCACUGCAUUGAGACACUGACUCACACUGCAGGUUACAGGCUGCACCUGGUUGUGUUUGUGGGCGGAGGAGCUGAGAACAUGAAUCAUCAUUGUUUAUACAGUAUAUUCACGAUUAC